AGGUUUUUAAAAUUGACUCAUUCUAGCGGGUCAAAUAACCUACUCACAGUUUUGAUUUCAAAAUUGUCUUAACUUGUGGCCUAUAUCGUUGCUGAUUGUUCCCUAUUGCUUUUCUUAUUAAAUGUGUAUGCAUUUUGUAUUGUUUCUGGAUCAUCGACCCACCUUAUCUUUUGUUCUUUUCUCCAUCUUCCUUUACUGUAUUCACCAUGCUCCCCUAGUACACAAAGUAGAUCCUGGCUAAAAACAAUCCGCUAUAUGCGUUACGUCGUAAAGCAUCCAAAGCCUUACACUUUCAACCCCUUGAUUCUAGUAGUGACUUGUAUUAAUCUUGCGUUUAUAGUCGCCUCAGAGGCAACAGUACUUAAGUACUUGCUCACGCCUGUUACUCCCAAUAGAGCAUAGGCCACCCAGAAGUAAUAUGUGUUACUUGAAUGAUUGAGACUGGUCAUAAGGUUGACAUCGGGUCAACAUUUGUACUGUUAUACAAAAACCUUCAAGGACGUAUACUAAGGUUUAUUGAAGCCUUGGCUAUAAGGAAAUUGAAACCCUCUUUAUGCGUUUAAAAAUAAUUUUUCCUUAUACUUAACCUACCCUGGUAAUACUGACUUAUUAUCCAGAGUGGUAAUUACAUUUUUUGUGUAGUUUAAUACUUCUUUUCUUCAUUACGGCUUACCUUUAACCCAUCUAGUUGACAUUUUAAUUUUAAUAUAAAAAUGUCUUAACAAGUAUACAUGUGAUCAGAUUGUUCAAAAAGUAUUGCGCUUACUGAUUUAUCAGCUCACUUGUUCUUUUGUUCCUUUCUCUUUCAAAUUCUCUUACAUACUGUUCCCCCCACUUCUCCAGCCUACAAGAUACCUUUAGGCUAGACGCAGACCUAUCAAAGGCUGAACGUUACAUGCAAUUAUGAAAAAUCCCCCAGCAGCUCUUUCACUUUAUCCCCUUGCAAACCCAAAAGGCGAAGAGCAUGGCUGUGAAGUAUGCUCUAAACCAGCAUGCUUACAAUGUGGGGUAUGCCGGAUCACGUAUUAUUGGUUUGACCAUUAACAUAUGAAUGCAUUAUAUUUCUAGUGGAAUAGAGCAUCAAAAAAUUGAUUGGGUAGGAAUUCAUAAAAAGAUAUGUCUGGAUUUAAUAACAUUUCGAGAAUCUAAGGGAUUUGUAUCAAAGGACAAGCGUGAGAAGAAAAGCGAAGAACUUCAAAACAAAAAUCUUGAUCUGGUCCGGCUCACUCAGCUGGAGAGUCGAAAACUUUUGUUUAAAGGAAAAUCAGAGAAAGCCCUACCUGCUGCUUUACAGUGUUUGAAGUUUGCAGUGCGUGCAUAUGGAAUAGCUUGUGUUGAAUUAGUAUCACCCUAUCUAGUUCUUGCAGAAUCAUGUAUUGGUCUUGGGAAACUGAAUCAAGCUGAGACUUACCUUGCACAAGCUCAGUGGAUAGUACUCAAAGCACAACAUGGAUGCACAGAUAGUAUACAAUCACAGUUACAUCGUAAACUUGGUUUGUUAUAUGCUGCUAAAGGGAAUUAUGAACUAGCAUUGGCGAGUUUGGCGAAAGAUAUAUUUUAUGCAUCCCUCGAAUAUGGCACCGAUCAUAUUUGCACGGCUGGUGGUUAUUUUCAUAUGGCUGAAGUGUUUUAUGCAAUGUAUAAAGCCAAUGGCAACAUAGGUUCUCUUGAUCAAAACUUUCCAGAAAAGUCAACUGAAUUUGUAUAUCCUUCGGUUACGCCGGAGAUUUCAGAAAUAAAUAAACAAAAUAAGUCUCACGGUUCAUUGAUUUAUGAAAGGAAAACGAAAUCAAACAACAGUCUUUCAACAAACUCAGAGUUUUGCAUUCAACCGCCUUCAUCAAAAGCUCAAGUAGUUGAAAAUUUGUAUACACGCGUAGUUAAUAUAUGGGCCAGAUACUUAAGGGAAUUAGUAGAAAGCUUGUUAUUCAAACCUGUGUUCUCUGAAGACGUUGGUGCUAUUAUGGUGGAGACUAAUCAAAAAGCUAAACAAACCCUAGGUAAUGACAUGUUAAACAAUACCUUACUAUGAUCAUUAGAAGUAUUCAGGUUGAUUUGCUAACUACUUACUUACUCCUGUUACUCUUCAUGAAGCAGCAUAGGCCACCCACCAGCAUUCUCCAUCGACCUCUGUCUUAGAUAAACCAUUCUGGUUGUUUUUAGUUGCUGUUCAUCCUUUUGAUGUCUGCUUCCAGUUCCCGAUCCAAUGUGUUAUUUGACCUUCCCCUCUUCCAUUUUCCUUCAGGAUUCCAAGUUGAUUUGCCAAAUAAAAAUUCCCGAAAUAGUGCAGUUUAAGGCAGGUAGAACUAGAUGAGCACAACUGGACGUAUCUAGAAUUUGUAAGAAGCACACAAUCUAGUACAGAGGAAUAAUUAGUUAGUACAAAUUUCACACGUACUUAGUUCUAAUAUCAAAACUAACUUUUGUUCAGUGUUUCAGAUUGUAAGGCCUACUGUGCAGAAAGUUUCUACAAAAUUCGAGGACUUGUUAUUUUCUACAUCUGGAGUAUUUUAUAUUGAACCUAGGAAAUUACUCGAAAAUGACUUAAAAGUGUAUUAUUAUGGUUAAGCUGAUGUCAUAAAGCAUCAAGAGCGCAAACUGUUGCUGUUGUUUCCAUUUCGAACUGAUGAUCUGUCCACAAUUAAUCUGGAAGUUUAUUACCUUCCACUGGCAACAGGUUUCUGCAUUUUUCCCUAUUAUUUCCAUCAAAUCACAUUCCUCUGGAGAUGUGUACAAUUUUUGUAAGUAUGUUAUUAUCUUACUGUUUUCUAUGUAUUUUGCCUCAACCCUUUGGUCUGUAUUGGGCUUUGAGAACCUGUUAAUCAUAAUUGGCUGUCUUAGUAGUCGAAUCCACUUUGUUCCGAUUAAAUAAACAAAUUUAGUCAUAUUAUAGAUUCUGUCAUAUGGAAUAAAUUAGUAAAGUCAAGAAUAUAAUGGACUUUUUAUCGGGACAAACUUACUAUCGAACAAAACUUUAAGGGGUGAAAUAACAAUAUUAUGUAGUCUACAUGUUCUAGAGACUCAUUCACACGAAUUAACAGUGUAUGUUUUCACAACUUAUAAUCAAUAGUGCUUCGCAGUUUUUUUGCCUAAAAGUGAGUUGACAUUCCCACGAGUUACUUCGAAUUUACUAAUCAUGGUUGAUGUCUUGUCUUAUAUGCUACGUUUGUUUGAUAGUUUGUAUUAUAUCACCUUAAUGACUGUCAACUCGAUAAAAGGUUUUAAAUAAAACGUAGUAGACAUAAUGUUAACUAGUUUUUUUUUUAAAACUACCAUUCAAUGUUUAGUCUAUUAUUAUUUUUUCCCUGUGUACUUAGCAGUAGAGUACCGAACAUCUAAUAGUGGUUACUUCUCUGUCUUUCCCCCUUUUCUUUUGAAACUCCAUAAAUUAUCAGUUUUACUGAUUGAUAUAAUGAAGGAAUGUCAUUGUCGAACUUGUCUUGUAGUAUUGUAGCAUCCAUUUUUCGCGCUUCAUUUAUUGGAUAACUAAUAAAGAGAAUAAUUGUUAACAUGAUAUCUUUGCGACUGUUUUCACAACAAAAUUAAUUACAACGUUAACUACUAAAUAUGAUGUUAUUUACUACUCACUGUAUGAUUACUUUACCUAUUUCAGUCCUUUAAUGUAGUUAGCCGUGAUCUAUUUAGUUUUCAACUACUUGGUCAUAUGUAACUAGAAUAUCUUAGAAAACAUCAGAUUGUUCAAGGUUCUCAAUAUUCUUCACUAAUAAGUACAAUAGAGCAAAUAUGUUUUCGUACAACUUUGUUAUAAAUUACCUUUAAACAUGAAAUGAUAGAUAUACUGUACUGCGAAAAAAUCAUUCACUGAAACUGUACAAUUGUAUUUAUAGUUUCAUAUCAUAAAUAAGUUUAAUAAAAUAGAACGAUAUUGGAUUAGUAAAAAGGUAACUGAAAAUGUUUUACAUUGAUUAGAUAAGUUGCUUGAUAGUUUAAAUGAUAAUCCAAAACAGUAAAUUAUAAACAGAUCAUUCAUGAAUGAUAACUGUCUACUUCGUAAAUAUCAGACAAAAGUGAAUAAGGAAAAAAUGAAGUAAUAACUUAUGAAAUUAGAAAGUUGUUUUGAUUGUAUGCCAUUUUCUAAGAUCAAGGUAAAAUAAGGGACUGCAAGCAUCAAACUUAAGAUGGUGAUUUUAGUACUCGUAUUCUUUUGUAGUUGAACUGUCAUACCUUUUAAAUAGUUCUGAAAGCUACUUCUAGAAGAGCUAUGUGAUUUGAGUCGAGUAAGUAUUUAAGACAAGAAUUAAUUUUUUUGUAUGUACCCAACUAAUAAGACAUCUUAUUAUUGUAUCUUUGAAUAAACAAAAUAUACUGAUUAUAAUUAACAGAUGAUGCACAAAAAGCUGAAGCUGAAAAAAUGCUGUAUGCAAUCGAGAAAUAUCAUAAUCAGCGUAUCAGUGAAAAUGAGCUUAAUGCAAGUACUUGUAAUCCAGCCAAGCCAGAUCCAAAAGUUCAAUUGUAUUUGACUUUGUCAAUGCUAAACUAUAUUUUAGAAAGAAAGCAAGAAUCUAUACAAUAUUUAAUCAAAGCCAAAGUUGCAGCUGAAUUUAUGGUACAACAUCCAAAAAUCACUGUGGAUAUCAAAUUGAUGGAACGUGCCUUCAGUGAUAAAAUAAUUCAACAAGUUGCAUAAAAAUUAUUUCAGACAUAAUUGCUGUUUCUUCUUCUUUUCAUGCUUAAUUUUAUGGAAAGAAAUAAAAGGAUAUUUUUCUCUUCCUAUUUUUUCUACACUGCUUAAAAUCAAUAAAUAAUGUAAUUUAAACGUCAGCAAAAUUCACGAAAUAAAAUGAUACUUUAAGAUUGUGGAUAUUUGUAACUCAGGUGAAUAAUUUAGGUGAAGUUUUGUUCUCUCAGCUAGAUGGUUUGGUCGUACGGCUUUCAUUGUUCUUCUGAAGAACAUUAACACAAACUUCAGGUACAAGUGAAGUGUUUGAAUUUCUC